AAUAAUUACUGUUAUGAUUUGAUGGUAUCUACUCUUCAUAGACAAUUUAAAAGACUAGAAAGAAUGUGUACAAUACUCUCUCAACAGAUAUGUACAUCAGUUGUAAUAGAUGUCUUCCUGUUUGCACUUCAUGAUCACUUCCUAGAAAAUUUGGUGAACACCGUGGAGCUAGCCCCAAAUUAUUGUUUGCAUUUUGGUUUAGGAUUUUUUUUUUUUAAUUUUACAAUCAUCGCGCAGAGUUAAAUACCCUUCUUACGCCCAUUUUGAUGAAGUUGGAACAUUAAAUGUUUGAAUUCAGGAUUAGGCAUGUGGUAUAUUAGAUCAUGAAUAAUGCGAGCUUAUGAAAGCAUUAGUAAUUUUAUAUAUAUUUCUUUUUGUGUGUGUGUGUGACGUGAAUAUAAUUUUUGGAACAUGGAUGUUUGUGUGAGCAUGGAUAUAAUCAAAACUGAACCUGACUUUGCGACAAGUGGUGACGAAUUGGUUUAUCAGAAUGGUGAAGAGGAUCAAUUAGCAGUUCCAUUGCAUGAGGCUGAAGAUGUUGAUGCCGGCACCAAGGCAUUACCUGCAGCUCUGGGUGACAAGUUUGUCGAUGUGAACCACCUCGUCCCUAUAACGUGUCUGGCAGUAAAGAGUGAAAUCAAACAGGAAGAGCCGUGGGGUGUUUCAACAGUGAAUGAGGAAUUGAAGAAAGAAGCGGCAGAUGAAUGUGAAGUAGGCACAGAGAGUUCUGAUGAAUUCAUCGAUGAAGGGGGAAUCAGUUCUUUGUCAGAGUAUGUAAAGAAGCCUCUUGAUUAUGAAAACUAUGGGAAAGGAGGUGAAAGUUUAUCCAAUACUACAGCUAAUCCUUUCAAAUGUGAUGUGUGUCAGAAAGAAUUCUCGGACAGUAGAGGAUUUGUUAAGCACAGGCGCAAACAUACUGAUGAUAAACGUUACAGAUGUGACAUAUGUGGAAAGGACUUCUCAGACAUCAACUAUCUUGUUGGUCACCGCCGGGUUCACACUGGUGAUACUCCUUUCAAAUGUGAAAUCUGUGGGAGAGGAUUUUCACAGAAUGGAAAUCUGAUUGAUCAUCGACGUACACAUACAGGGGAAAGACCCUUCACAUGUGACAUGUGUGGGAAGGGCUUCUCUCAGAGCAGAAACCUCGCAAAGCACCGCCGUACGCACACCAGAACCGAACCUUUUAAGUGUGACAUUUGUGGAAAAGGAUUUACACGCCCAGAAAAUCUUGACUCUCACUAUCGUGGACACACUGGUGAUGAGCCUUUUAAGUGUGACAUUUGUGGUAAAGGUUUCUCACGUACAGGGAAUCUCAUUAACCAUGAACGUACACACACAGGGGAGAAGCCCUUCAAAUGUCAUGUUUGUGGGAAAUCUUACGCACAGCGGGGAAAUUUGGUAACACACUCACGUACCCACACCGGACAUAAGCCAUUUAAAUGUGAUGUUUGUGGGAAAGGAUUUUCACAGAAUGGACAUCUGGUUUAUCACUUGCGCACACAUACUGGAGAUAAACCAUACCACUGUGAGAUAUGUGGUAAAAGUUUCUCACGUAGUGGAUAUCUUGUAGUGCACCAUCGCAGCCAUACUGGAGACCGACCAUUCAGUUGUGAGAUUUGUGGAAAAGGGUUUUCACAGAGGACAAAUCUGUUUAAACAUGCCCAUACACAUAGACGAGAUAAGCUUCCAGCUAAGAUACUUGGCUGAGUGACGGGUUGUCAACCAUUAUCCAGUAGAUGGCUGCAGAAGACGGUGCAUUUCUCAGAGAGUGUAAGGUAAAGAGCUGACCCAUUGUUUUCCAGGUUGAUUCACAUGCGAAUAUAACUGGAAUUUAAUUUUAAUUUUAAGAAUGCAUGAGCCGGCGUAGCUCAGUCAGUAUAGUGACUGACUAUGGACUUGACUACUGGGAUUCGAUCCCCGACGGGGGCAGAGGAUUUUUCCUCUAUC